GCCGCGUGAACACUGAACAGCCAUGACAAGAUGGAAGGUGAGAGUGAAAGCAUGGGAGAGGAUACUGAAGAGCACUUGGUGAGCAAAAAGAAAAACAACGGCUCACUCAUUUGGAGAUGGUUCGGAUUCAAAACCACAGAUGAGCAGCAGAAAGACGUAAUUUGUAGAGAAUGCCGAAAACAAGUUCCGACAAAAAGUUCGAGCACUACAAAUCUUUUCCACCAUUUAAAACAGCGCCAUAAAAAAGAAUACGAAGAGUGUGUGAAACUGCGAGCUGCAGCUCAAACUAUGAACUCUUCCCAGCCUCCUGCACCGAAACAAACCACGUUGCAAAAUGCAUAUACUUGUGCGGUGCCUUYUGAAAGAAAAAGUGAGAAGUGGCGCAUGAUUACUAAGGCUGUGGCACAUCAUUUCGCUAAAGACAUGGUCCCGCUCUCAACUGUGGAACAAGAUGGCUUUAUACAGCUGCUAAAAGUCCUUGACAGAAGAUACGAGUUACCGAGUAGGAAUUGUUUUGCCAGAGAAGUUCUUCCACAAAUGUAUACUGAAGUUAGAGAGCGUCUCACCAACCAGCUUCCCAAACUGUCUCACUUCACACUGACCACCGAUAUGUGGUCCAGCUGGACCUGUGAGCCGUACUUCAGUGUGACCAUACAUUUCAUUGAAGACUGGGAGCUGAAAAGUGCAUGUCUCCAGACCAGCUAUUUUCCCCAAGACCACACAGGAG